CUUUGUUUCCAGAGAUUGUAUGGAAAAAUGUAAGCUUGUUGGAAAAAGUUGAUAACAAUCUAGAAACUAACAGCCGUUCCUUUUCACACGUUCUGUAGAUUUCUAAUUCUGUCUCUGCGCAAAAAUCUUUGUUCAAUGUACCGUAUAUACUCGCGUAUAAGCCGAGUUUUUCAGCACCCAAAAUGUGCUGAAAAACUCUACCUCGGCUUAUAUGCGGGUCAGCUAAAAAGGUUGACGCUUACUCAGUGUGUGUAGUGACUCCUCCGUGCUGCCCGUACUUCUCCCCGCUCGUGGCUUCCUCAGCCCCUCCCCUCUAAGCUCUCGUCACACAGUACUCCUCAGCCCUUCCCCUUUUUGCAAUGUGUGCGCAUUACCGUAUUGCGAGAGGCGUAGGCCGUGUCAGUGAAUGUGUGACAGGAGCGGGGGCAGAGAGGAGGGGGAACAAACUGAUCGGCACAGUGCGGAAUUGUUUGUGUUUGUAGUGUGUGUUGCCGUGGGAUAGUGUGGUUGUAGGGAAGGUUCUGGUAUGGAGGACAAGACGUUUACUAAAGAGCUGGACCAGUGGAUCGAGCAGCUGAAUGACUGCAAGCAACUCAACGAGAGCCAAGUGCGCAACCUGUGCGAGAAGCUCAUAUCCAGGCAGCCCGUGCCCUGAUGAUAACAAGCUCUUUCCUGGGGCUUCCAGCAGUGUUCCUGCUUCUUUCUGCCAUGCCCUUUAUUCGAAUGGGCCAUGACCCUGGCGCGGAGAAACACAAGCGAUUUCGCCUGGGAGGAAUACUCAUCGUCAUAUUAGCUCUGUGCACCAUUAUAGCCACUAUAUGGUUUCCAGUCUCCACCCACAGGGAGACCACCAUCGUUACAUUUGGAUACUCCUUGUAUGCUGGAUGGAUAGGGGCAGCAUUUUGCCUUUUUGGUGGCUCUGUCAUUGUCUGUUGUGCGGGUGAAUUCAAUGCAUUCAUGGAAAACAGAUUCUAUUACUCAUCCCAAGGAUCCGGCUCUCCAUCUCACGCCAAGAGUGCUAAUGUCUAAGGAUACAGUGAUUUUAGCCAAGGCUGAUUAACCUGAACCUCCAUUACACUGUUGCUGAUGAACUAUGAGAACUUACGUGCCUCCGGUUUUAUCUGUGUAUGCUGUUCUAAAACAUAAAUGACAUAAUAUGAAGCAAUGUGCCAGGUGUCUAAGUGUUAUCCUCUACAGUUAAUAAUGUUAGACACCUCUGUUUUUUUUUUUUUUAUUCCAUUGGUGCUUAGAGUAAUAUGCUUGGAGAUGAAGAGCUCGGUAAGGUAAACAGAGUUCAGGUUAGAUACAUGUUUCUUGAUAGAAAAGAUGUUCUGUGUGUAACUUGCCUAAUACUGUUUUAUUAAUGAAUUCAAGUACGCUGUAAUGGACAAGCAACACCUUUAGCUAUGUGGGUGUUAUCAUUCUUUCGCUGGCCUCCCACACCUAUUUCUGGUACCUCUAGUUUGACUGCAACAUCUAAUUUAAGAUAUGCCUAAAAUGUUCAUCAUUUUAAUGGAUUGAAUUGGGAAUGAGUGUGAGGUCUCAGGGCCACAGUGAGAGGGGGGUGGGUACCUGUCAAAGGGGAUUAUAGUAAUCAAGGAUAUCCUGUUGUUGAUCCACAACUUAAAAAAUCACUUACAGCCUUUUAAUUGUUAGAAAAUGUAAUACUUUUAUCUACACCCCCCCCCAAAAAUUGCCCUUCUAAUUCUGGGGUCUGGGCCUCCCCUGAACCCUACCUUGAGGAAGCCAUAGUAUCCUAAUUCUUAAAGCCAUUUACUGUGGCUUCAACAAGAGAAGAAGGCAGUAAAAUAUCCAUGAACAUAUAUGUGUUGCUUGUCCUUUAAGGAGCAUACCUUUUCUUACCAUACAUUUCUAAGUCAAUUUGCAAUUUAGUUUUUGUGUUUUCUUUAAUGUUUUUGUUCAGCAGCUCACCAAUUUGGAAUUUCAAACUACCUUUUUAAAGCAACAUUGACCCAUUUAAAUUGGGCUUGUGGCCCAAUAAAUACAAGAGGAUCCUGCAAUGAGAACUUUGUACAUCUGGUUCCAUGUACUUCAUUCCUAUAACUUUAGUAUAAUUCUCCCUUCCCAUGUUUGAUUAUAGUGUACUGGUGGGUAACCUAAUUGUCCAUUUGUUUAUGACAGCAGAUAAAAGGAGUGCCAUGUUGCUGGCAAGCAGAAUUCUCAUUAGUGAAUCGUUUUGCAUCUGAAAGAGCAAUGUUGCAUGGGGAGAUUUGUUGCCUACAUUAAAAAUGAGCUUUCCCGCGAUCAAACUGAAUCGCCGCUAGUAAUGUAAUUCACUUGCAGCGAUUACAAGGUUAGCAAGCGACAAUGUAUUUUCAAUGAGUUUUUUAGCCCAUGGUAACAAUUUUUUAACAUGGGUGACAAAUCUCCCUGCGUGUUAUCGUUCUAAUUGUGUACGUGGUUUAACAGGACAGUUUUAUGGUGCCUUAAAUCCCCUUUUUCUGUAAUUGUCAGUUGCAUAUUGCUUGCUGAAAAACUAUGUCCUGUUUUGUUGUUUAUAUUUCUUCAUGCUAAACAAGCAAUGCCUUCUGGUCUUCAGUCCAACUGAAAUAAAGGGAACACAUUGUCGCUGCAUGAGAAACAAUAGCUGGGGUUCAGUCCAGCACACAAUCUGCUCCUUGUAAAGUGAACAAACAGUACCAAUAACAGCUCUUUCUUGCCAAACUGUGUUUCCCAACCCCUCCUUCACAGAAUCAAUGCCGAAUUGUAGGGUAAAUAUUUAGAAAAAUUGUGUCUAGAUUAUUUUACAAUUAUUCCUAAAAAGUGAAUGAAAGGUUGUGUUUUCAUGAGCAAAAAGAUGACUGCCCUUUUAUAUUUUUUGUGUGACUCAAUAUCCUUUUGUAAUAAGUAAGAAUCCAGAUGUGAAUGCCCAGAACAACAGAAAUCACCAAAUCAUAUACAGAUAAAUACCAUCAUUGUGUUUUGUGUAUAAUAAAGUGACCAAUUCUUAGAUGUUCAGUGUAUACAGUAGUAGUUUUGUCAUUAAAUCAAACAUAUUGGACCAAGCAAAACUACACAUCUGACAAAUGAAUUACGGGCUUUUAUUGUACUUGGAAUGCUGAACAAGCAGACACAUUACAGUUAACUACUGCCAUAUGCCCUUGCAGUAACAACACCAACUAAUGCAAUGGACUGCUGAAAUCAUUAGAACACCAUUAUUUCAAAUGCAGGCUUGUGGUUGUUUGAUACAAUACCCAGCAUUUAGCACAGUAACAGUUGCAGUCCAUUACCCUGGACACCUCAGCUGCCCUUUUUCAUGUUGAAUCCCCCCUAAUACAUGAGAGACAAACUUACCAUUGUGGAUUUGCUUUAUACACCUGAUUAUUUUUCCUCUCAGUGAUCUGUAAGUCACUCUCCUCUGAAGCAAAACAGAUGGCACUGUGGUUUAAAAAGCAACAAUUUAUUGCAUCAGGCUUUUAUGCAUACGGGCCUAGGCUAUGCUGGAGGCUAAGCACCCAGUGAAAUUGUGGCACAGCAUUGCCAGGAACAGUGUUUGAUUGUAUACUAAGGAGAGGGCUGAUUUGGAGCAGUCAUUUUCUAAAUGACUGUUUCAUCUGGCCUUAUCGGAGAGUCAGCUAUCAGUGGAAGUGGUGUUGUGUACUACUCAAUAGAAAUCAGUGAAUAACUGUUGUAAAACAAUAAUUACCUUUGAAUUUGAAUAGUGGGAGCUAAGGCAGAGAUGCAAGCGCUCAUUUAACAUAGAUGCUGAUUUGUUUCCAGUGAUAACAAAUCAGGUCUUUGCUGUCAUUGUAGUAGGCUGAUAAAAAAACUAGGGAAAUAUAGAUUAAGGGGGGAAUGUAAUAUUGGUCUCUAAAGCAAAAAUCAUUCCUAAUUCGUUCCUAAUGUGAAUAAAUGUUCGCAAAGUGAACAGUUUUGGCUUUGCAUACAAUUUGCCCUUCACACGCCAGUAGGAUAGUGAUUACAUUUGUUUAGUUUGCGAUAGUGCGCAGUAUAUAUAAUAAAACUUCUUAAUGAAAAAGUUAUGUUUGCAGCAAAACUUUAAGGUGUUAAAAGUUCGCAAUGUGCAAUUAAGAUUUGCAAUGCAAUAAAAGCCUAAUGAAGAAUAUUACAUUGCGACAUGCAAAUUGUAUUUCAUUACUCCUUAAGAGCUUUGGGGACUACUAAGGUCCCUUCUUUGAGCAUGGUGUCAUAUAGUAUCUGGAAUAGUACGACAGUUAUACACACUAGCACUGGGUAUAAGAACAUUGUUGCAAAAAUAGUUUUUUGAUUCCUCUGCCUUUCAUGCGGUUUUUGGUUGCAGUAUCAUGGCAUGCUGUAUAAGUUGUCCUGAAAGCUUACAUUUUGCUACUCUCUAUAGAAAACUAUUUGCUGAUUGGUUCAUACUUGCAAAUCCACUCGUGCAGUGGUUAUUUGUCCACACAGGCUAAAGAUUUGCUCUGCAAAUAUCAAUUUAAAGUAAAACUACAUAUUAAGUUCUUCUUGUGUACCUUUUUCUUUAUUUACACUUCCCAGUUUAUGAAAUAUUAAUGGCAUCCUGUCUGCACUGCCCUUAAUUUGUAUGAUUGAGUGGUAAUGGCAUAAUUCUAUUUGAAUGCUGUACUUAAGCCCAAGAAAAGGGUAAUAUACACAAAUGGCGGGGUUUAUAACUAUCCAAAAUUGAAGCAGUGCUGCAAUCCAUAGCAACGCAUGCAGUAUUUAUUCUUCAAUCCAAGGUUUUCUUUACCUGGUGAAUUACAGUUUUGCAUUUGUAUUAGAAAUGGAGCUUCAGUGUUCUCAUCUGGAAUCCAUUGGCUAAAUUAUGUAUGGAAAACAGAUCAGAGUGAAGGGAAAAUGUUGACAAACUCCCAUCAAUUUUCCACUGAAAUGGUAUCUAGCCUUGAAUUCUAAAUUUUCUUUCUCCAUUGUACAUACUUUGGGUAUAUAUUUGAUGUAUAUUCACCAGAACUUUAAUUCUGUUAACUCGGCAAUAAACGAUGUAAAAUAUACUAUUACUAUAAAGAAAAUAUUGACAUUUCUACUGUAAAUAAUAAUGUAACUAGAUUAUCUGUAAUACAGAUGUACUAACUGGUUAGUUUGCCAAAAUUUGUAUGACCGUUUUUAAAUAAAUAUCCUAACAUUUAUAUGUAUCGUACAAACCAAAAGCCAUUUGUAUCAUUGAGAUAUGUAAUAAAAUGUUCUCAGUCUA